CCACUCACCACCAGCAUGGCAGUUGUUACCACCGUGCACAAUCAUCAAAUUUAGUGCAUAGAGUAUCUCAAGCCAAAGCCAUGGCGCUGAUUUAGAACUUCCGCUUAUAUAAUAAUCUUGCUUUCCUUCCCAUCUCCGUUUCCAAACAAUGGCGACUCCACCUGCCCGCAAGGCCGUAUUAAAUCUCUACGCCUCUACCUUGCGGACGGCUAAAUCAUUCAGUUCAUAUAACUUUCGCUCCUACUUCGUCCGGAGGACGGAGGAUACAUUCCGUGGGAUGCAAGCAGAACAAGAUCCUAUAAAGCUUUCACACGCAUACGACGAGGCUGUAAAGGAGCUUUCGGUAUUAAGACGGUGUGCAGUCAUGAAUCAGCUGUAUGGCGGUGGGCGCCUGGCAGUUGAAGAACAGAGUGAAGUGCGUACCCAAGGAGAUACGUGAGCUAGGAAACUACCGGAUACUAGGUGUGGAUGAUGAAAGCAUAAUAGAGAUCAUGUUCGCCGCAUUGCAUGGACAACAGCAGGAAGACAGUAUGUCACUGCUGAGAAAACUGACCUAUGAAUCAUGAUUAACUCUCAGCG